AUGCCCAUCAGCUAUCUAAUUCUCUUGUCCCGACAGGGCAAAGUGCGUCUCGCCAAAUGGUUCACGACUCUCUCACCCAAGGAGAAAGCGAAGAUCAUCAAGGAUGUCACCCAGCUUGUGCUGUCGCGUCGGACACGGAUGUGUAACUUCCUUGAAUAUAAAGACUCUAAAGUCGUCUAUCGUCGCUAUGCAUCACUCUUCUUCAUCGCCGGCUGCGCAUCUACCGACAAUGAAUUGAUCACCCUCGAAAUCGUUCAUCGCUACGUCGAACAAAUGGACAAGUACUAUGGGAAUGUGUGCGAGCUGGACAUCAUCUUCAAUUUCCAAAAAGCAUACUUCAUCCUCGACGAGCUCUUACUUGCGGGUGAGAUGCAGGAAAGCAGCAAGAAGAAUGUGCUCCGAUGUAUCAGCCAACAGGACAGCUUAGAAGACAUGGAGCUUCACCUUGAAGGCAGUCGUGGAGGCCCGCUCUUCCCCGGAAUUCCCCUUAUCUGUUCUCGCUGCGGUUAUCGCCGAUCGCUCCAUCUCCUCCGUUCCCGGCGCGACCGCUUCUUCUUAUCGACCAUCACUUCAGCGCGCCAGCGAGGUGACGGUGAAGGUCUCUUCAAAUUCCAACACGCGCUUUAUACCACACACAUCAACCCGUGUAUUCAGCCUUCUGGGUACGAAGAUUAUCUUCACGAGAUGAAGUUCUUACCACUCCCCGAAUUCGAGGACAUCACGAGCUCCUUGAAUUUCGACACAGCAGACUGUCAUAUCACCGGUGGUUGUGACCUGUACACCACAAAGGCCGCCCGGUCUGAUCGGAAACUCUACAACCACAUCGAACAAUCACUGGAGGCCCAAUAUGAAUCGAUCCUUCGCCUGUCGGCCUCGCUCUCGCCGCCCAAUGCCCACGAUGCGGCUGAGACCUUGAACCUGUCGCGAUCAAGUCCCUUUGGGCCAUUGAGCGAACAUUCUAGCCGACGCACAUUUGCCUAUCUGAUCGCGACUCUCAACGCGAGCCAUCCCGAUUACGAUUUCUCCCAUGUGCUGAGGCCUACCGAUUUUCGGCGUGAGCGUCAUCUCAAGCGCGUGAUGAACACAGUCAACUCCACAUUGUUCAAUCUUCGUCCUCGGGAGUCAAUAGAUAUGUCCCCGUCAUCGCCCGGGACUCUCCCUGGAUCGUACAAUUCCGGCUCGACCACCUGGGGCUCCCGCAUGUGGCAGAUUAUCGACGAACACAUGUCACUCAAAGAGUGCGCGCUGUACUCGUACUCUCCCGAAGAGGAUCCCUCUGAUGCUGACGACGGCGCGAUUUGGAGCUUGCACUACUUCUUUUUCAAUCCGCUCCGCAAGCGGGUGUGCUAUGUCUACCUCCGCGCUAUUCCCAUUCUCAGCCACACCCCCCCUGAAGAGACCGAAAUUAUGUCCAGCUCGGUCGGCAAGCGCACGUUUGACGACGGGUAUCUCACGCCCGAUCUGAGCUCCAGCAAACGAGCUCGUUACUGGUUUGGAACCCGCGUGGAGACAUCGCUGCAUCAUGUCGAGCACGUGGACGAUGACGAUCAGUAUAUUCUCAGUGACGAGGAAAGCCAUUCCCGCCGGGGAAGUAGGGGCAUGGUUCGGGCCAUGAGUGAGGAGCUCGUGGAUAUGAUGGAAAUUUGA